AUGGCAUCUGACGAAGUUCCAACCAACCUCAAGGACAUCUCCUCUGUCCCUGAUGGUACUGCCGGGGCUCAAGCUGAACUUGACGAUAAACUUGCCGGGCUUUCGCUGUCUUCUCGCGCAGUUCAUGCCGAUAAUGGUAUCCAGUCGCACAGGGCAGUUGCACCGGCUAUGCAUGUCAGCACGACUUUCAGGUACAGCGAUGAUCCUGAUGCGCUGAGGUCCUGGGACAAUACCGAUCCUAACAACCCUCUCGACUCUCAUGUCUACUCCAGAGCAACUGGUCCAAACACUACCCGUCUCGAAGCUGUUUUGACAUCCAUCAUUGGUGCUCCGACCGUAACUUACUCUUCUGGUCUAUCCGCCUUCCACGCUAUGCUGGUUCACUUGAACCCCAAGCGCAUUGCCAUCGGAGACGGCUACCAUGGCUGCCACGGCGUCAUCAGCAUCAUGACUCGUCUAACAGGCCUCAAGGUCCUAUCCCUUGACUGUGCCGUCGAGGACCUCGAGCCUGGUGACAUCAUCCAUGUCGAAACACCGCUCAACCCAACAGGCGAAGCACGCGAUCUGGCUGCGUAUGCGGAGAAGGCGAAGAAAGCUGGCGCUUACUUGACUGUCGAUGCGACAUUUGCGCCGCCUCCUCUGCAGGAUCCUUUCCAGUAUGAUGUUGAUGUGGUUAUGCACAGUGGCACGAAAUACUUUGGCGGUCACUCUGAUAUGCUCUGCGGUACACUCUCUGUUAACCGCAAGCAUACUAACUGGGAGGCUGCUCUUCUCAGCGACCGUAUGCUUGUCGGUUCUGUUAUGGGUAGUCUGGAAGGCUGGUUAGGUAUUCGUUCGCUGCGAACUUUGGAACUCCGUGUCCAGCGUCAGAGUGCCACGGCUACUGCCCUCGUGGCCUGGCUAGUCGAGCAACAGCGAGAUUCCUCAUCUGUAGUCGGUACCCUUGUCGAGCGAAUCCAGCAUGCCAGCCUACAGCCCGAGGCGUCUGUUGAAGGCAGCUGGCUACAAAAGCAAAUGCCAAACGGCUAUGGACCCGUCUUCUCAAUUUAUCUCCGUGAUGGGGAACACGCUAAGCGAUUGCCUUCGAAGCUGGAACUGUUCCACCAUGCUACCAGUCUAGGAGGCGUAGAGAGUCUUAUUGAGUGGCGUGCUAUGACAGAUCCCAAGAUAGACAAGAAACUACUACGGGUUAGCAUUGGUGUUGAAGGUCUCGACGAUUUGAAGCAAGAUCUUCUCCAGGGUCUGGAGGCACUGAGAGAAAAAUGA